AUGAAACGUGCUUCAUAUAUUGCUUGUGGUCUGCUCUCCAUCGCUGUAUCUGCUGCACUUGUAGUCAGUGAACCUGCUGCUUCUAAAAAGGACGUUGUUGCCCAUCCUCUGUUGUUCCAAGACUUUCCUACACCCCAGAUUGUUGAAGACAUGCCAAAUGGAGAGUCACCUCAAGCCGGACCUACUCUGCUGAGAACGCAGCUAGCAGUCAACCGGGACAUUUCCAUUUUCGCCUCAUAUGUUCGUGACUUUGCUUCUCUUGAAGCUCGAUUCAACGAUAACAGUGAAUUCUCGUUGGUUCUCGCACCAUCCAACGCUGCUAUUUCAUCAUUAUCAUCCAAACCAUGGGAAUUCCCCACUCCUGUGAGCAAUGACCAUAAUACACCCGAGGAAGAAAAAGACAGGAUUGCAAGACAUAAUGUCAUGUCAUUUAUUGCCCACCAUUUGAACCUUGUCCGAAGUGGUGAUGAGAACGAUGCCACCAGUAAAGACCGAAUUCUGUCUACUGAUGAUGACGAGUUUCAUCUUCUUGCCGAGAGUGGAGAUGACCUGAUAGUUAAACGCCAGUCUGUUGAAUCACCUGAUGACAAAGUUUUUACAGUUACCAUUGGAAGCUCGGACCAAGAGUCGCCAAUCGUCGUGAAUGUUACUCAAGUCAAGCAAGUCGAUAACGGAGCUAUCUGGGUCCUUGAUGGGUCUCUCAGCCGACCAUAG